UUCAUUUACUCAUCCAUCCAACAUGCAUUUGUUGUUGGUAACCAGGUAAUACCUGAAAGCUGGGGGAUAUAAACUGAACAUAGAGUCCCAUCUCCAUCCUCAGGAAGCUCAUGCCCUCCAGUGCUGGGGGGCAGGACAAAUGGCAGAGACCGCCUUAUUUUACAAGAUGUCAUUGUUCUCUGAGAGGCUGAAAAGAUUUUCUAUCACCACUAGCCUCCUCCUGUCCAUGGCCAUUUACAGAAUGGGCAAACCAGCCUCCCAGCAGAAGACCAAAGCUGCUAGCUGUCAACGUUCCCGGCAGCUCUGCAAGCCCUUCGAGCGGGCCUCGCUCCCCUCUCGGGGGUGGUACCUUCAUUCGGUCAUCCUGUAAGUGUUCCACUUCCCGAGGGAGGCCAAGCACUCACACCGUGGCGAGGGGACCCGUCACCGCAGAGCCGGGUGGCUGGCUCUCCUCCAGAAAGAAAGCCUGUCACUUACACCUUUCCUCACCACUGUUAGGAAGUUACCUAGAAAAGUUCAGACAGAAGACCAAAGCCUGCGUUUUAGAAUCGUGGAGUGUUAGCGCUGGCCAAAUCGUUGGACACAGUGUAAGCUUGAUCAGAAAAUGAGCUCCAAGGUCUCACAGCAGGCGAGGCCUGGAAUCCUGGGGCGAUCUGCGACCCUCACUGCUGAGCGUUCUUUCAAACAGCCAAAGUAAUCACUUAAGUCCAGCAAUGAUCUCCUUGGAGAAAUCAAGUGAUCCUCCCUACGAGUCGGCCUUGGAGGGCAUCGCCCUCGGCGCUGGGCACAGCACGUCUUCCCCGCCCGGGCGCGGGAGGAGGGUUUGGGGACAGCGGCCGCACUCCGGACCCUUCUUCAGAUUGCACAGGAGGAGUGCACAGGAGGAGGCGGCAGCGGAACCUUUCUCCUCCGCCUCGCUCUCGCUUCCACCCGUGCCCAGUUGGGGACGGACGCACUAGAGGCGACCUAAGCAUGGAGACAGCGGGCGCUGGAACUGGGCAGCCGGCCUCUGGGCUGGAGGCUCCGGGGUCCACGGAUGACCGGCUUUUCCUGGUUAAAGGUGGAAUUUUUCUUGGUACUGUUGCUGCAGCGGGAAUGCUAGCUGGAUUUAUUACAACGUUAUCAUUGGCUAAAAAGAAAAGCCCUGAAUGGUUCAAUAAGGGAAGUAUGGCCACGGCUGCAUUACCGGAAAGCGGGUCUUCCCUUGCCUUGCGAGCUCUGGGCUGGGGCUCACUGUAUGCAUGGUGUGGGGUUGGUGUGAUUAGCUUCGCAGUCUGGAAAGCUUUAGGAGUUCACAGUAUGAAAGACUUUCGCAGUAAAAUGCAAUCAAUAUUUCCAACAAUUCCCAAGAACUCCGAAUCGGCUGUUGAGUGGGAGGAAACAUUGAAAUCCAAAUGAGAUGAACAUGGAUGAAUUUCAAAAUGCUUGUUACGGAAAGGGGUGGUUCCAGAGAUACCAUAACAGCAAAGGGACUGGGACUAAUUUCUCUAGGAACAUGGGCAGAUUGCUGACUGAACCAGUGCACUGGAUAGCAUUCGGCCUUCUCAUCACAGGAGAGUAUGUGUGUGCGUGUUGGUGGAGGGUAAAGUUUCCCCAAAGUUAUGAAGACUAUUUAAAAAUAGUAAUUACAGGAAUAACUUCCUUAUAUGGAGGGGAUCCCACAGGAAAUGAUUCUGUUUGUAAUAGUUGAACCAAGUUUCAUACCUAAAAAAAGUUUAUAAUAAAAGUAUGAUAGGAAAAUAUAAAACAGACCCCCUGAUAGCAAUAGUACUGCAAUGUGUCUUAAUUAAAGGAGUUUUAAGAGCCUUUCUUGUCAGUAUGUGACAGAACUUGGAAGUCUUAUUCUGAUUAGCCAGACUACAAAGUGACAGUCACCUGGUAAGUCCUGUGUGGUGGGAAGUGGGUGUGGCUCUCGUGUCCUCAUGUGGUCUGUGAUUUACAGCGAGCCCACGCAUGCUAGUUUACCUGAUGCCCUCUCUUGAAGGCCCUAUAAAUUCUUAUACUUAAAACAAAAAGCCAGUAAUGAGUUGUGAUCACCCAAAAAGGCACAGUUGGGGUAAAGUAAUGAUGAUAUCAGGGGUAAAAAUAUGUUUUUAAGAAGUUGGUCUGGAUCUCUGAACAUUGACAGUUUGUCAUUUUGUCUCAGUUGUCAAAGUAAAAAGAGCCCAAUUGUCGUCUGUCUUCAAUUUUUUUUUUUUUUUUUUUUUGAGACAGAGUCUCGCUCUGUCGCCCAGGCUGGAGUGCAGUGGCACGAUCUCGGCUCACUGCAAGCUCCGCCUCCUGGGUUCACGCCAUUCUCCUGCCUCAGGCUCCCGUGUAGCUGGGACUACAGGCGCCUGCCACCUCGCCCGGCUAAUUUUUUUUUGUAUUUUUAGUAGACACAGGGUUUCACCAUGUUAGCCAGGAUGGUCUUGAUCUCCUGACCUCGUGAUCUGCGCAUCUCGGCCUCUCAAAGUGCUGAGAUUACAAGCGUGAGCCACCACGCCCGGCCUGUCUUCAAUAUUUUUAACCAGAAAGUCACCUGAGUACUGAGUCCCAAUGUAAAGUAUUUGGUACCACCUCCCUAAUGAAGCUGUUAGGGUAAAUUCUAUGUGCACACCCAACUCCCUCAUGUCUUCCACAAUCUCCUACAAAAAAACAGAUGGAGAAUAAUGUCUUCAUGCAAUUAUUUUUACUGCAAUUGCAUUUUAAAAUAUUUUCAAGGAGAGAAAUACUUUAAUAUGUCAGUAUGUCCAGAGAAAUAACCUGUAGUUAAAUAUCAGUUGUGCAGUUUCUUCCUACUUGCCUAGGCUCUAAUUAGCAAUCAGGUUUAAGAAAGGACAUUUGAAAUUUCUGUUAUCACGAAACCUUUUAUUCUAAGGGAGAUUUUUAAAUGAAACGACAAGUACAUAAUGUAAUACUUUUCUCUAGACCAUGUUACCCUAUUAAAAUUGCUGUUUUGUUAAUGAAACAGGUGUAAUCAGCAUCUGGAAUUCAUAUGUAAUCUGGUAAAAAUCCAAGACGGAAAGGAAAGGAUUGUGAAAUUGGUCAGUGAAUGCAGGUAGCAACAACUCUUCACCGGCCUUUCAUUUGUAGUUAAAUCUCCUCUGAGAAGAAAUUUGUAGCCUUUGAAUGAAACGAAGGAAAGGCCGGAGCUAAAGGAACAGGUUUUCAUCCACACAAUUAGUCUGAAUCUAGGUCCCCUGAAUAGAGUGGGCACUGCCUGAUCCUUUUGUGCUUCAUAAAUGUGGGUUUCCAAGCUUGUGCAUGAGAUGGCCCUCAAACCUUGUUACAGCGGUGCACUUUACCCGUCUGAUGUGGGGGGAGGAAAGAAUGGGCACUACCUAAAACUGUUUACAGCUAGAAUCUGGGUUUUAUUUUUCGUAGAUGGAGAAUGCCUCGUGGUUUCUAAAGACCUCCACUGGGUGGAGAAAGGAGGCUUGCCCGCCUGUCUGGAGUGUUAAAAGGAGACAUCAUUGUUAACUGUGAUUCUAUUUAAUGGAUUCCUGCCUUGUAACCUCCCUAAGGGUGGGGACCCCUCUCAGGGCCUUGUAAACUGGUGUCAGCACCACUGCAGGGGCUGCUGCACGUCGGACGGAUGGCAACUAGGCCCUAGGAAGGAGCCAGGGGCCCUGGCGGGGGCGCUGCUUUCCCACAGUGCUGGCGCAGAGGAGGCCUAGAUGUAUGUUGCUGAAGGAGUGUCCGAAUACUAGAGUGGCAUGCCUCGUGUCUGCAAAACCCUUAUACGUCACCUCUGCUGUCCUUGACCGAUGGCAGGGCGACUCCCAUAAGAAUGACGAUGAAUCCCCUGCAGAGGGGAGGCUGGCAGGGACAAAUUCCCUAGAAGAGGAAAUGAGCUUCGGCUCUAACUGCAUCUUAAAAGCAAAAGUGAAGUAACGCACAGAUGGAAAUUUAACAAGAAAACAAGCAGUAUGACUCAAGUGGUGUUUUCCACAGUCAGAACUUGAAUAUCAGUGGAUUUCAUCAUUUGUCUAUUCCUUUUGUACCAGAGGCAUAUUGUUAAAUUGGUUAAUGGAAAGGAAAAAUGUUUAACAGAUAAUGUUAUUCUUUAUGAGACGUACCAUCUGUGUAUUGAGCUCUGAAUGUCCCUGGAUAUGGAAGAGAGGAAAUGUGAUGGAAUUUCAAGUUUGCCUUCUUUGCUGUCUUUAUCUUGGGUAGAAUAUGACAAACAUAAUCACAUUUAUCUCCUGGAGCAUAAAGAGUUUUAAUCACCCUAUUAACCAGGAUGACAUUUUUCACAGACUUAAAAAGGAAUAGAACAGCCAUUAUCUCUCUAUAAGCAAUCCAUUUCAUGGAGGCUGAGCACUAGAAAUGCUUUAAAGGAUGGAUAACGCAGACCAUUUCCAUUUCCUGUCUAAGCCAACAUUAAGGAGGCUUUCAGUAAGGCUGUUGCUUCCACUGGGUGAGUGUUAAGCUUUACACUUAGAGUCUCAGCACCCAAAAGAGCUAUUAGAGAAAUCGAGGGCAGGGAGGAGUGGCUUCCGAGACCUCGGGAUUCAUUCAAGGGAAAACAUGUAUCCUGGUAAGUUGCUGCUGCCCUAUGAAAAGGAAUCCAUGGGCUGCUGUUAUAUUCAGAGUCAAGAAAGUGUGGUUUCAGGACAAUGUGAGAGUGGAAAGUAGGGGAUGGGAGCUGCCUCCCAAGACGCCGGCAAGCCCAUCACUAGGAGGACCAUGGCCCAAGGGCAUGGAAGCAGGUGGCCGCUGAGAGGGCUGUCGGACAUCCCCACCUCCACCCUCGUGCCAGGUCGUGGGCACAGGCUGGCAUUGAAAAGGACACUUCACCUGCUUAGUCAAAAGGUGGCAUUGAAUCAUCUCGGCUGUCACAUGUUUUGUUUAGUUUCAUGGAUAGUAUGGGACCAAACUUGCAAAUUAAUCAUUGCAACCUAAGGGGAAAAUAGAAGAAAUUAAGGUGGCGGAGGGAGCCCAUGGGGACAAAAGUAAUUAAAAUCCACUGAAUUUAGCUAUUUCACUUGGGGCAACAUUUAAUCUCCAAGAUUAAAUCUUGGUUUAUGGGGAACAUUGUAUAUUUUCAUCUCAUUUUUAAGUAUCGUCUUUAAGACAAAUCGUUAAGUGCAAAUGAAAAUCAGGUAACAUACAAAGGCAGUUCACCAAAUAGUUAAAUUUCCUAUGAAAGUGAGUGAAAUACAUAUUUUUAUAAUACCA